AUGGCAUGCUCGACUGCUUCCGCAAGAUCAUCCGCAACGAGGGGUACGCAACGCAUUUCAGCCAGCAUUGGGGGAUCUUUAGAGCUUACAAAACACAGUGCCUCGAGGCUAUACCGCGGAAUCACCGCCCCCAUUCUCAUGGAGGCCCCUAAGCGUGCGACCAAGUUUGCUGCCAACGAUGAGUGGGGAAAGAUUUACCGCAACAUUUUCGGCGCCGCCAAGAUGAACCAAUCCCUGUCCAUUUUGACCGGUGCCAGCGCCGGUGCUACUGAAGCCUUCGUUGUUGUUCCCUUCGAGCUUGUCAAGAUUCGUCUGCAAGACAAGGCUUCUGCCGGAAAGUACAACGGUAUGCUCGACGUCAUCCGCAAGACCAUCAAGACCGAGGGUAUUUUGGCCAUGUACAACGGUCUCGAGAGUACCAUGUGGCGCCACGUUCUCUGGAAUGCCGGUUAUUUCGGCUGUAUUUUCCAGGUCCGCCAGCUGCUCCCCAAGGCCGAGAACAAGACUGCGCAAGUCACGAACGACCUGAUUUCGGGUGCUGUUGGUGGCACUGUUGGUACGAUCCUCAACACCCCCAUGGAUGUUGUCAAGUCGAGAAUCCAGAACAGCCCCAAGGUAGCCGGUCAGACGCCCAAAUACAACUGGGCUUGGCCUGCUGUCGGUACCGUUGCCAAGGAGGAGGGUUUCGCAGCUCUGUACAAGGGCUUCCUUCCUAAGGUUCUCCGUCUAGGCCCUGGAGGUGGUAUCUUGCUCGUUGUCUUUACAGGCGUUAUGGACUUCUUCCGUAACAUGAGAGCCGAAGCUUAA